CUAUUUAGUAUAGCUUCAAAUUACAACCAAUUCGGGUUGUAUUUAUUCAUUUUACGGAUUGAAAACUGAUUCAACAUGAACAAUUACGAGCAGGUUAUAGUUUUGUUAGUGUUAAUCUUCGUAGCUAUACGAGUAGACUGUAUAACACCAACCAACAAGUUUGAAGAAGGCCUACUAAAAUUAAUAGAGAGAGGUCGAAACGGUGACGUUCAGGGCCUGCCGGUUGCAAUUCCUUCGCUCAAGCCUCUAACCAUUCCUUCUAUGAAGUUUGAUUACGGCGGGUGCAAAAUGUCGGUCAGUGAUAUAAAGGUCAAAGGAUUGGAAAAUUUAUCAGUGGAAAAACUAUCUGCCUCUCCGGAAAAUAUGACCAUAUCGAUAGACCUAUUCAUACCCACCCUGGGUAUCCGCGCAGACCGGUACCGUCUGAAGGGCACAAUAAUGUAUGUUUUCACAAUGGAUGACAAAGGCAUUCUCAAGGCCAAUGCCAAUAACCUGAGAGCGCAAGCCGUCGUCAAGUUUGGGGCUGAAGGAAAAGACACGGUUGUAAAACACCUCAAACUCGACUAUACAGUUCAGAACAUUCAGGUACAACUUGGUGGCAGCAGUGACACUGUGAACGACUUUGCAAACGAAAUGGUUUCGGAUCUGAUUACCAGCAGCAAAACGAAACGUCAGCUUCAAAAUGUUAUCAAAGACCAAGCGAACGAAUUACUCCGAGGGCAUACACCUCAAGAGUUCAUUACAAUAGUGUCAAGCAUGUAAAUUAUCUACUAUUUCAAGCAUAUAGUAGCUAGCGCUGUAAACACAAGUCUCCUAAUUCUUGAAGUAUCGCUAACAAGACGGCCAUACCGUUUAAGUUACUAAAUGCUUAGAAUCUGGUUUUACAAACCUAAUUAUGAACCCAAACCAUGACAUAUCAAAUUAUACAUUAAAAUUAUCUUGUACAUUGAGCACCUAUUUCUGGCUGUUUCUGGAUUUUUUCGAUUUUCGCAAUCGGAAUUUACACAACUUUCUCCAAAUGAUAACCGUGAUAACUGGCAUGGCAGUCACUCGUUUGCAGAGGCAUGGCAAAAUACUUGCCGCUUCCCUAUGUAUGCAACCGCGAAGAAUGCAAUAUACACAAUAUCAGUCCUCUCAGACCACAAAAGACAAGCAAACAUUAAUAAUGUAUAUACAUACAUAUAUGGGACAGUAAGGCUGCCAAUACGGUUGAUACGGGCCCCCUUGCUUGUUUCUAAUGAACUUUUGUUCUGCGAUGUAACCAGAGCAAUGGUACCACGUUCGCGAUUAUAUAGCUUCUAGGCUGUAGUGUCUGAUUAGGGGUCCACAACAUAUUUGUCAAGGGUAGGUCAGUUAACACUUUCGAAACCGGGCUCUACGCGGCGCUACGACAUUUUCGCUACAUACGGGGAAACCCAUGUAAUCGGCUACGCUUCUACGAGCGGUGUGCCCGACAGUCGGGUUCUUGGUAGCGAAAGUGUUAAUGUAAACAUACUUAGGGCCAGUUGCAUCAACCAAAUUUGACAGACAUGUCAUCGUCACGCAGAAGACGUUUAUGGAACAUCCCAUACAAUAAAAUGUAACGGUGACAGACGGUUUGAUGCAAUCGGCCCUUAGUGGGAAAUCCUACGGUAACUUGACGAGACCGUAAAUCUUUUCCUAAUUAUUUUGUUUUGAGAGGUCUCCAUGGAUUUUUUUAAAUUGUGGUAAUGGACAAGAAUAAAAAUGCUUUUAUUAAUGUAAUUUUA